AUGACAACGACACCAUCAUCAAAUUCAGAUAUUGAAUCUAUAAUUAAUAAUGAAGAUUAUCAACUUGAUCCAGAAACAGCUUGGCUUGAAGAUAUAACAAUUGGUGGAUUUCGCGUAUGGCACAUUAUGUCAUUUUGUUUUGCAACUCUAUUAAGUUCAAUUAUUAUAAUGUGCUGUUGCUUCCGAUUUCGUAUACCAAGAACUAAGCAAGAAAUUGAAGCUGAUUAUCAACGAAAACAAUUAGCGAAAAAAUUUCGUGAAAAAUUAAGUCAUAUAAAAAAUGCUGAUAUGGAUGAAAUGGAUUUACCUAAAGCAUUACAAGUUGUUCAAAGUGAAUUCCUAUCAACGGAAAAUAGUUUGGAAAAUUUAUCAAGCCGAGAUGAUUCGAAAAUUACCGCAAUUCAAAUGUUAUCAUAA